AUGAAUAGUAGCUUGGCCAGUUUUACAAAAAAUUUGGGUGAUAACCACCCAAUAACAAGCCAAUAUUUCAAAAAAUUAGAUUAUACAGAGAAGCAAUUAGCAUUAGUAUAUCGCAAAGGAGUUUAUCCCUAUGAUUAUAUUGAUUCUCAUGAUAGGUUUCAGGAGACAGAACUUCCUUCCAUUCAUGAAUUUUAUAGUACUCUUAAAGAGUUUCGAAAAAUGUCUAUGGAAUAUUAUGAACUUAAUCCCAGUCACUAUGUUUCUGUUCCAUCACUAUCCUGGGAUGCAAUGCUUAAGAUGACAGGAGUUAGGAUCGAACUUUUUACAGAUUUGACCAUGCAUGAUUUUACCGAAAAAGCUAAGCGUGGUGGUAUAUCUAUGGCCU